UACCUUGGGACUCCGGUUAUCCUCAACGUCUACGAUCUCACCCCGCUAAAUGAUUACUUAUACUGGUGCAGUCUUGGCAUUUUUCAUUCGGGGAUCGAAGUUCAUGGCUCAGAGUAUGGGUUUGGGGCUCAUGAUAUUCCUACAAGUGGUGUAUUUAAGUUUGAACCCCGCAACUGCCCUGAUUUUGUGUACAGAUGCUCCAUUCUUUUAGGCUUUACUAACAUGCCUCCCUCUGCGUUUCGGACAUUCCUGGAAUCCAUGGUUUCAGAAUAUUAUGGAGAUACUUAUCACCUAAUCUCCAAAAACUGCAACCACUUUACAGAAGAUAUAUGUUUUAGGUUAACUGGGAAGCAUAUUCCAGGAUGGAUCAACCGGCUUGCUCGAAUAGGUUUUAUGUGUAAUUGUCUUCUGCCAGAAAGUCUCCGUUUGCCAACAGUAAAACAGAUACCUGAAUACCACGUCUUUUCAGACAGUUCAGAGUCCAUUGCAUUCAAUAGCUCACGCGAGCUACUGAACAGUGAUGAUGCUGAUGAAGAUGAGCAUCUUCUUUCAAAAUCGCAAAGAGUUGAAGUUGCAGUUGUAAGAGAAGCUCAUAGACGCAGCAGCAGGCGAUGAGGGAGAAUAAGUUUUUCUCCCAAACCUGCAUACUUUGUUCACCAUCAAUCCAUUCCAGAAGUUGAAGAAUAGUAGGUUUAAGCAGUAAGCUAUUAGAGCCAAGAAUUAAAUCCGUGAUAAUAUUAAAAGAGUAUGAACAUUCAAAAAAUAAAUGUGCAGCACUUUCAAAGUGAUUGUGGCAUAAGCUGCAAGCUAAAGGAACAUAAAUGUUCCAU